AUGAAAAGCUUCAUUAUCACGCUGGUAAAGCUUCAGUUCCAGUUCUGUCCUUACAUUUUGUUUGAACUUUUAUGAAAUGAUUAAUUGAGAGGCUUGUGGUUAAAGCAAAGCGGCACUCUCUUCAUAGAGAUUGAUGAUUGAUUGAGGGAUAAGAGAGAUUGAGGGAGAGUUUUUUUUAGAGAAAAAAUGGCCGAAGUGAGAGGAUUGGACACGUGGCGGGAGGAGUUGGCGAGUUUGGUGGAAGAUCCGGGGAUGAUAUACACCGAGGAAAUAGGUUUCCCGUCGUUACCGCCGUUCGCUGAUCAGAAACCCACGGCGGUUGCUGAGAGUGAUCAUGGGACGGAACCGCCGGAGGCCUUGAAGGAACAAGUGAAGGAAUUUUUGAAAUCGUGGUGCGAGAUGGUUCUAGAGCUUGGAAGAGGAUGUAGAGAUAUUUUGCAGCAAACGGUAGUUACUGAGGAUUCGUUUAUAGUUCAGAGGCUUGGUGGACCCGUGGCUAAGGUCUCCAGUCGAUUGAGUUUCUUGAAUGAAUUCUUGCCCGAGGAUCGUGAUCCUAUUCACGCUUGGCCUGUUAUCUUCUUCGUUUUCAUCCUUGCACUUGCAGCUCUAAAUUUGAAUGGUGGGCAUGAUGGAUUGGCACCACCAGUGAAGAAAGUACUUGUUCAUCCUCCUAGCGCAAGCCGAAUCGAGCUCCCUGAUGGCAGACACUUGGCUUAUCGUGCAAUGGGUGUUCCAGCGGACAAAGCUAGAUUUUCUUUUAUUGCACCACAUUCCUUUCUUUCGUCCCGACUUGGAGGUAUACCAGGAGUUAAGAGUUCACUCCUUGAAGAGUUCGGUGUUCGCCUGGUUACAUAUGAUCUUCCUGGUUUUGGGGAGAGUGAUCCUCAUCCUAGUAGAAAUUUAAAUUCAUCAGCAUUUGAUAUGCUACAUCUUGCUGAUGCUGUUGGGGUCAAAGAUAAGUUCUGGGUGUUGGGCUACUCGAGUGGAAGUAUCCAUGCUUGGGCUGCUCUUAGACAUGUAUCUCACAAAAUUGCAGGUGCAGCAAUGGUUGCUCCAAUGAUCAGUCCGUACGAACCUAGCUUGACUAAGGAAGAAAUACAAAGUAUUUGGGGAGAGUCAUUACCAAGAAGGAAGUUAAUGUAUUAUCUAGCACGAAGAUUGCCAAAACUGCUGUCCUCCUUUUACCGCCGGAGUUUCCUAUCAGGAAAGCAUGGCCGAAUUGAAAAGUGGAUGUCUGUGUCGCUUGGAAGGAGGGAUGAGAUUCUAACUCAAGGAGCAACGUUUGAAGACUUCUGGCAUAGAGAUGUAGAGGAAUCAAUCCGUCAGGGAAAUGCCAAACCAUACAUUGAGGAAGCUGUCCUACAGGUUUCAAACUGGGGUUUUUGUCUGGCAGAUCUUCAGGUGCAGAGGAAGUGUUACACAAAUGGAAUUUUCCCUUGGCUCAAGUCCCUUUACAGUCAAGCGGAAUGUGAAUUGGCAGGAUUUCUUGGACCAAUACAUAUAUGGCAGGGGAUGGAUGAUCAAGCUCUUCCAAAAGGAAUGAUAGAUCACAUAAGCCGUGUUCUACCAGGGGCCACCAUCCAUAACCUCCCAAAUGAAGGUCAUUUUUCCUUCAUCUUUUUCUGUGACGACUGCCAUCGGCAGAUAUUCUCUACUCUGUUUGGAAGUCCUCAAGGUCCUCUUGACCAGUCAACAGACGAAGGUGAGAUCCCGUCCGAAGGAGAGAUGGAAGAGAAACCAUUAGCUACCGGUGCUACCAAAAAUUGAUACACCGCCAUAGAUUUACACUUUUUGCUUGCUUUAUAUCACAAAUUUUGUGUAAAUAAACCACAGAUUGCACCUCAUAGCUCAUGGGAGAGGGUUUAGAUGUCUGAAAAUUUAUGUUACUAAGGACUUGAGAGGUAUGGGUAAAAUAAAACGUACGAUAGAGAUGAGAUAUGUACCAGGCAAGGAGCACUGGUUUUAGCGAUUUACCUUGCACAACACGAGAAUCAAUUAGGAUCAUUCUAUUAACAAUUCUUUUGGCAUUUUCCCAUUGCAAAGCUCCAAAGAAUUUUGACA